AUGUAGGUUGAGAGAGGUGGUUUAUAUAGGGGACUUGGAAGUCCCCAGCCUGUGAACUCAUUGCUUUCCUCAGCUGUUUGAAAGGCAGACACAGAGUUUGGGGGUAACUCCAAGAGCACACAUAAAAAUGGAGCUGAACUCUCUGUUAAUUCUUCUGGAAGCAGCUGAGUAUUUGGAAAGAAGAGACAGAGCGUUCCUGCAAAGGAGGAAAAAAUGCAUGGAAAAAUAUAUUGCCACUAAUGCUGACUUUGUCCCUAGAAGCAGAACAUGGCUAUGCAUCAGUGUUACCCUUCGAUAGUGACUAUUCCAGAAAGAAAACAAAGGCAGGCACGCUGGCCAGAAAAUCCCAGAAUAACAGGUCAUCACACAACGAACUAGAAAAACAUAGACGGGCUAAACUCCGGCUAUAUUUGGAGCAGCUAAAACAGCUUGUGCCUCUUGGGCCAGAUAGCACCAGACACACCACUCUAAGUCUGUUGAAAAGAGCCAAGAUGCAUAUCAAGAAAUUGGAAGAACAGGACCGAAAAGCUCUAAAUAUUAAAGAACAAUUACAGCGGGAGCACCGCUACCUCAAACGUAGAUUGGAACAGUUAUCCGUGCAGGGCAUGGAACGUAUCCGCACUGACAGUAUGGGAUCAACAAUAUCCACUGAUUCUGAACAAGAAGUAGACAUUGAAGGAAUGGAAUUUACACCAGCUGAAAUGGACAGUAUUGGAAGUGCCAGUGAUGUUGAAGACCACUACAGUUUGCAAAGCAGUUCAAGUGAUGGUGGCUAUACACAUUCCCGCAGACUUAAUGCCAGGCUCUCAUAGUGCCUGAGUUUCCAAUUCAGCUCAGGACCAUCUAACUGAAGCACUUAUAGAAGAAAAUUCCAGAGGUGUCAACUGCCACUCUUCCGGGAAACCCCAACCACAGCACUCUGAAAUGGAGGUUUUGUACCCACGGUUCCCUGCACUGUAACCACAAUAUUCGAUAUUGCAAAUCAUGGUUUUGCUGCAGAGAACUGUGGUUAGGUACAGUUGUGACUUAAAGCUAGCUUGAUGUAGCCAUACUGCAAAUUUUAAAAAAUCAUAUCAUUCCAUGCAAGAAGUAUUAAAUUCAACCUGUUGGAAGCAUAUGAUGGCAUAAGGAAGUUUAAUAAGAAAAUCAUUUUGAUUUUGCAGAAACCAUUUUCAAAUAUUGAAGAAUAAAUGAAAUCUAUGACGUUAGUGAUUCAAAUCUAUAAAAAUUCAACUACUUUUUUUCUUGUCUUUUUCCUUCAUGAAAAAUUAUUAAUGCUUUAUAGCAGGCUGUAGAGUAUAAAUUCUUUUACUAGUUGUGUUUGAGAGAGGCAGACAGAAAAAAAUCUCCAAAUCUCAGAUGAUCUUUAGAAAAAAGAUCAUAUUAACAAGUCACUACUGUACUUCAAAAUGGGGAGGAAAAAAGCCAGCUCUAAUAAUGACUUCAUGUGGGAUGAUCUCAACUUUCUUUUGCUUUUUGCAUUCAGCAUCCAACCAGCAGCAGAUCAUUCUCACCAUGAUAACAGAGCUAGCACAAAGUAACACUGGAGUGUUAACCUAUUAUCAUGGAAGAGAUGUCUUUUGAAACAUUUUGGUAUUUUUUGUAAAGAAUGCAGAGCUCAAAUUAUCCAGAUUUUGAUAAUUAAACCUCUCCUUACAAGGAAUGUUAGCUAAUGUUUCUUUUUUCCUAUUUAUAGCUGCCAAUACGUUUUUAUGGAAGGCAUGGCUUAUAAUUACAGUAUUCAGCUAGAGGAUAAUUAAUCAUUUUUUCUUCUUUUGCACGCUAUAAUUGCAUCUUCUAUUCUUAAAUAAAGUGCAAAAAAAUAAAGUGUAUGCUGUAAAACAGCAAAGUUUAUUUAGUACUCAUCAAGCUGUUCAGAACAUAUUUACCCAAAUUGUAGCAAUACUAUGAAGAUGUAUUUUAAUACAACUUUGGCUUAGUGAAGUCAUUAGAGCUUGGCUUGCUGGGUAAGAAAAAUGGACCAGUCUUUGCAUUAUCUGUAUAAAGAAGGUCUUUUAAAAAAAAGAAAAAAAAAAGAAAAGAAAAAUGAAAAAAAGCUAUAAACACUUCUAGAGAAGUGAUUUUAGCAAGUGUAGUCUAUAUUUCCUGUAAGAGAUUUUGUAUUAUAUUUUCCUAAAUGUUCUCAUUUACUUGUAUAGGGAGGGGAAUGGUACAGACCCAAACCAGAGUCUCAGGGACUCUUCACCCUUGUCAUAUUGUGCCUUGGUGACCAUUUAUGUAUGUCUCUCCUUUUUCAUGGUUUAAAGGCAACUAAGCUUUGUUUAUUUCAAGACCCUCUGUUUGAAUGGUCAGUUGUCCAUUUUAUUACAAAUGAAGCACUGAGAGUUAUAAAUCUUCUCACAUCCAAUCCGUGUGUCUUUUUAGUUCAAUUAUAAAAUUAGGUUUGUGAGAGGGUUAACCAUUAAUUACAUUAUACUUCAUAGAGGCCCUCCCUUUGAUUCUUCAGCACACAGAUCUACAUUUUGUUAGCUUUUUGAACCAGGGUCUCUGUGAGACCAAUAUUAAAUGGCUAUGGAAAUAAAUGUAUUGUAUAAUGCUAUAGGAUGUCUAACUGUGGUACCAUUUUAAUAUUCAAAUAUAAAAAACUCAUGACAUACUGACCAUAAUGAUCAAAACAAAGAUUCAGUUGUUCUUUCAACAUUAGACAUAUGUGCCCUCCCUUUGGCUUUUACAAGAGAGUAGAAAUAUGAAUACAUUUUGUGGCAGCUUACAAUCCUUGUUUGCACUCUUGCUUACUGCUUGAAACUUGCCAACAAGGAAAAUGUAUACUUUUAAUUUACAUAACCUAAUUUAUGGCCACCUGUACUUUGGCUUUGGGGAGGGGCCUAAGGUUAUAAACUCUGGCAGCUGAAUAAUAAAAAAACAACAAUUAACUUUUCUGUGAUGCAGGUUUUGGUAUUAUGUUAUACACCUUUGCAUAUUACUAAAAUCCUCAUUGUUGGGGAAAACACACAGCAAUAUACUCACUGUGUGUAGCUGACAAGCAGCAGAAAUUACUAGCUCCUUUGGUGCAUAUGUAACUAAUUUCCAAAUCUGGAAAAAUUAAGUGUUUACUUUAACACACGACUGUUAACAGGGGAAAAAAAAGGCUAGUAUAUUGUUGCUGUUCAUUUAUUAUAUAAUGAACACAUUCAUGAAUUGUAAAGUGUUUCCUUUCGUGACAAGCAGCUCUUGCACAGAACCUCCUAAUAAAAAGAGAUUUGAAACUCACAGAAGGAGAGUAGAGAUUUUAAAUCCAACAUUGUUGUACCUUAUGUUGAUCAGAAGUUCUCCUUUUAAAGAUGAAUGUGCUAAUUUAAUGAGUUCUUCCACGCUGGGUAUCCAUGGCUUUGUAGAUCUUAUAUUUUCAAUAAAAAUUACUCCAAUAAUCUGAAUGGAAAUAAAAAAGGUUUUAUUUGUUUUUACUCUUUUGCAUAUUAUUAUGGUAAGCAUUAUCAAGACAAAGAAAUAUGGUAUCAUUUUCAUGAAGUGUUUGUCUUAAUUAAAGUCUGAUGUAAUAUGACACUUUCAGACAUUGGACCCAUUCCUGCAGUAGUAGUAGCUCCAUUGAAGUCAAUGGCACAACUGAUGUACUAUUUGCAUGAGUAAGGGUGUGCAGGAUCAGACCAAUAGCCCAAACAGUAUCAAAGUGCUAACAGCUCUAUCCAUCUCCCUUUGAUUUCUGCGGUGAUGGAUGGAUUCCUGUGAUUCUGUUCCAAAACAUUAUUCUUCACCCUAUUUAGCAGCAUUAUUAAUUAUGACAUUACCUUAUGGCAUGGCAACUAGGGAUGAAUACAGUUUCCUGUUUUGCUUUGUUUUUUAAAUAAUUUAAAGGUGGAUGUUUCUCAUUUUUGUGUGUGUAAUUAUUAGUGUUGUGAUCAAAACAGUACAGCAAAAAAGGGAGAGGGGAUGGGAGAGAGAUAUUUAAUCAUUUUCUUGGAGUAACUACACCUAAUCCAAUCAUCCUGCCAUGUUGUUUUAUAAUGUUUUUAAAAUUGAGAAUAUCAUAUUUUAAGUUUCUUUCUUUUGCACUUUCUAAAUGUGAAAAGUUGCGAGGUCUAUAGGAGUAUGGGGCUGGAGCGUCUCUCCCAUGGAACAAGGCCUGGAGGAAAUUGCCAUAAAGUUCUCUUUGCAGAAUUUUCUCUGAAGUUGUUCCAUAAGGAGAUUUGACUGCUCUCCUACCCAUGGAAAAAGGAGGAAAUUCUGCCUUCAGAACCCUAUAGAUCCCAAGGGAUCUGCAAGAGGCCAUGUCCCAGCCAGGAUUUACACUUGUUCUGGUGCCUAGUGUUCAUCACCUCCUCAGCUUUACUUGGGUCAUGUUGUGAGUAUUUUCUGUACCACUGCCUGUGUGGAGCUAUGAAAACAUCAAAGCAGCUUAAGGUAGCAUUAAUUUUUUUCAGAUUCCCCAUGAGAUUUAGAGGGACAAUGCAUGUCCCCUGACUCCAUCCUACCCUUCCCAGCUGUUUCCACAAAUUGAUGGAUGGCUAACCAACCUACCCUACCCUUUUUAGAAGACUAAGAUCUGUGCAAGAACUGGAUACUGCAUUUCCUUAUGCAAAGCUCCUACUGACUUCACUGCGAGUUUUGCCACAGUGAAAAAUGGGCAGGAAUGGGCCAAAAAACAAACAAACAAAAAAAUCAAUGAUAGCGCUAAAGUUCAUGUCUGGUAUUUACAAAGAUACUAAAUUUUAAUUGCUUAUUGUGAAACUCUUCAGAUUUGGAAAUACUGUCUGCUAGGACCUGGUACAACUCACAUUUAAGUUAAAGAAAAGACUCUCAAUGACUUGAAUGGGUAUUGGAUCAGGCAUAUCAACUGCAAUUUAAUUUUUUUUGCAAGCAGGUAGUUUGUAACAAUCUAGAGAGUACAUAUGACAAAUGGAGAAUUUUUUGUUUGAUAAAUAUUUACAUGGUUUUUAUUUUCUUCUUACCACAAGUUCUAUCAGACCAAUGUUGCUCUAGUAUUUUCAGUUAAAAUAAUAAAGUAAUCACAAUAUUUUAAAAAAUGGUAAGAGACUGUGUGCACAUGAGUUUGGUCUACAAGUAUGCUCUUGUCUACUACACCAAAGCUUGCUCAACUGUGUAAUAGUCCCCAGUUCAUUUACAGUUGUAUAAAACAGCGUAUACAGGUAGGUUGGGUGACCAUUUGGCCCUUUUAUCAAUGUUAAAUCAAUUAUUAAUCUAUUUAAUUAUCACUGUUUUUUCUUCCUCAAAGGUCAUUUCCAUACACAAAAUAAAUGUUUCUCAAUUAUGAACCCAGCCAGCACAAUCACUGAACAAAGGAUAUUAAUUUUAUACACUUGUUUUGUGAAGACAUUACCUUAUUAAUGUUUAAAAACCAAAUCUGAGAAUCCUUCUUCAUUAUAUUUAUUUACUGCUAGAGGCCAGCGCCUUGUGUUUAAAAAAAAAAAGGGGGGGCAAAACAUUCAAUCCAUCAAUAAUGCCCUUUCCAAAAUUGAAUGCAAUGACUAUAAUGCUACUUUAGAUUUAUUUUUUUUAAAGGAGAGAUGCUUUCACUAUAAAAUAAAACAGGUAAAAUUAUCAGAUAUGAGACAUUUCACCAACAAUGAAUGUGUGUUAGUGUGGUUUGUGAAUGAAAGGCAAUAUUCCUAAUUGAUAGCUCCAAAAAUCUAAGUUAUGUGUACUAUGUAACUGCUUAAAAUGAAGGGAAAGUAUAAAGUGGGAACUAUUAGAAACCAUUUGGUCAUUUGGGCUUGUCAUUAUCCUAAAUUCUAGAAAUGAAUCCCAACAAAGAUUCCUGGUGACCCAAGUACACCUAUAGAAAACUUGGUAGUGAAUCAUAGUGAAGACAGUCUAAUUUCAGAACUUCAGCCUUCAACUUUGCAUAGGUAAUGUGGGUAUAAAAUAUGGUGACAUUCAGUGUUCGUCGUUUAAAGGGUCUGUGCAAUAACAAGUCUUAAUGGCUGAUAUUUCACUACGUGUGAAGUACAUAGUAGGCACCGAAAAAGAGCCUCUUGCUGUGGCGGUUAUGUUUCUGGUGAAAUUCUAGAGGUGUACUGGGUGCAUUCUGUGCCAGAGCCAUUGGAAUAUAUAUCUGAAAAGGAACGCUUCAUAGUUCUAAGAUGUAUUAUAUUGUAAAGAUUCAUUUGUACACACGUACAUAGUGCAUGCUACACUGUGUAGCAUACACUGAAAGUAUUGUGUUAUAUCAUUCUUUCAUUGUAAUAUAAAUACAAUUUUUAUACCUGA